AUGAAUCCCCAGAAAACCUUGCUGCUGAAGCAUCUACCACCGGCUAAUUUCGAAGCCGUUGAACGAGCCAAACUUCAUUCACUCACACCUGUACUUGACUUUAUUAUUCAGCUUCAGACUGAAGCAUCUCGUUGCAAUUUCGGAGAUCAAUUGCAAAUCCAGCUACGUUCUCGAGGUGAUAUCAAGCGUCGAGUUACGGAAUUCUAUAAACGUCGUGAGGAAAUUUCUGUGACGUAUGAUGGUGUCUUGUGCUACAAUGAUCGCAUGAUCGUAAAUCCGACAUUACGUACUGCUGUUCUCAAUGACUUACAUUCCGGUCAUCUCGGCAUUGAAAAGAUGAAAUCUCUUGCUCGUCUCACAUGCUGGUGGUCUGAAUUGAAUCAUGAGCUGAAUCGUGUUGCUAAAUCCUGUGCUGAAUGUGUGCACUAA